AUGUCAGCAACAAGUGCUUUAGAGAAUAAUGAAGAUCUUGAAAACGUGCCACUUGUGCGAAUGGAAGAUGUACAGCCAGAUAGAAGUUCUGAAGUUAUAAACUCACCUCGAAUGCCAUGUGUGAAUGACGUUGAUGAUGGAUGGGUUAUUAAUGAUGAUGAGGACUCAAACAUUGGAAGUAUGGUAUCUAUACAGUCUGAGGAGGUUGUAAAUUGCCAUGAGGAUGUAAGUGACAAUGUUGAAUUAAUUGUACCAGAAGUAGUAGUACCUCCAUUAAAUGGCAUUCAAAUAGGCUUAAAACAACCAAAACCGAAAGCGCCUGAAAGUUGGCCAACUUUAGAAAUCCUUCCCGGUGGAGUUAUAAAAAAUGCAGACAGAUAUGAAAAUGAAUUGACUUCAAUGCAACCUACUGUAACAGAUAAAAAUAAGAAUGAAGUUGGGGAAAUGAUGUAUGUAUGUGCAAAAUGUUCAGACAGUUUUGACAACUUAAUUUUGCUGGUAAAACAUGUACGAUGGCAUGAAGAAGAGAGGAAGAAAGAAAAAGACUUAGCCAGAAUGAAAUUGCAAAGCAUAGAAACAUGCAAACGAAAAUUAAUAUCAGAACUGAAAACAAAGUGCAAGGUGCCAAAGAAAUCAUAG